GUCAAAGUUUGUGUACGUGUCCGGUGCUUGGUAAUUUUAAUUUCCAAUCGAAGUAUUUACAUUAUUUUACUAAGAGUGCUAUAUUACCGUGUUGUUAUUCAAAAUACAGUGUUUGUUCAAUAAUAAUAGCCAGACGUGCCACAAGUGUUGUGUCCCACUAACACAAAUAGCGAGACACUUCUUGCUCUAAUAGACAGUGACUUCACUUCUUCCGCCUGACGCCAGAAUGUCUCAUCAUCGUGAACCAACCGUGGUGGGGGUAGCCAACUUCAACGCUGCAGAAGAUGCCGCCACUCUCCGCGGAGCCAUGAAGGGCUUCGGCACCGAUGAGCAGACCAUCAUCGACAUCCUGUGCACCCGCUCAAAUGCCCAGCGGCAAGCUAUUGCCCAGGCAUUCACCCAUGAGUAUGGAAGGGACAUCAUCGAAGACCUGAAAUCCGAGCUAGGCGGUCACUUCGAGGACGUGAUCGUCGCCCUGAUGCGUCCGCCCGCAGAAUACCUCUGCAAGGAGCUGCACAACUGUAUGGAGGGCAUGGGCACCGAUGAGAACACCCUGGUGGAGAUCCUGUGUACUAGGACUAAGAAGGAAAUAGCCGAGAUCGUCGACGCUUAUGAGAAAUUGUACAACCGCCCUUUGGCCGAGCAUAUGUGCUCCGAGACUUCAGGAGACUUCCGCCGACUACUCACGCUCAUCGUGACCUCUGCUCACCAGGGCGCGCGCGACGAGGAAGCGGGCGUUGACCUCGCCCGCGCUCAGGCGUCGGCUCAAGAACUGUUCGAUGCCGGAGAAGCCAAGUGGGGCACUGAUGAGGAGAUCUUCAACAAGAUCCUCGCCCACGAGAGCUUCGCGCAGCUGCGCGCCAUUUUCGAAGCGUACAAGGACAUCGCGGGCCGCACCAUCGAGCAGGCCAUCAAGGCCGAGGUCGGGGGCGAGCUCAAGGACGCGCUCAGCGCUAUCGUGGAAUGCGUGGAGAAUGCGCCCGCUUGGUUCGCUCAGCGCCUGCGCACGGCCGUGGAGGGCGCGGGCACGGACGACGCGGCGCUCGUGCGCAUCGUAGCGAGCCGCGCCGAGAUAGACCUGGGCGGGAUCAAGCGGGAGUAUGAGCGCAUCUAUGAUAAGACGCUAGAGAGCGAUAUUAAGCAGGGCGAGACCUCCGGCGACUACAAGAGGGCGCUGGUGGCGCUCAUCUCGCCGGCGUGAGGCGGAGGCUGCGAGACGAUUGCAAGAUCUUACGAUAUUUAUUAAUGUUGUAGCUGUAUCUAGGAGAAAUGUCAAUUCAUAAUUAAGUCGGAGGCCGAUCGUAAAUGAGGCAGAUCAUAAAAUUCCUAAUCGUGAAACGUGAAAUUCAUUUUCUAGUUUCCUGAGUUGAUGUUAGCAGGCAUCUUUAUUUGUGACGUUUUCAAUCGAAAGGUACCUUGUCGCUUAACAUAAGGAUGAAAUUGGAUUGUAUCUUUAUACGAAUAACCUGUCAUAGCGUCCUUAUGGCAAGCGACUAUGUGGUACCUUUUGAUUGAAAACGACACAUUUUAUUUAUGAGACACACUAUACAGACAACAUCUAAUACAUGAUUACAAAUAUAUAAAAGUAGACUUUAGACAGGAAUGCCAUCCAAAAUAAGUAUGCACAGCAAGAAAAAUAAAUAACAAUGAGCAAAAACUAUCCUAAAAUUAUUAAAAUAUAUGUAUAUCUUAAGAAAUACUGAAUUACAAAAUUGCUCAAAUGAUUGCCGAGAACUCUGACUUGCCUCUUGAAUACCGCUAGCAGUGAGUUGAAAAUAUCGAUCUCUAUAUUUUGAUACUAAAUCUUGCAUCUGAAGCAACCUAAUGAACCUAAUAUCUGUAGGAAUGGAACGUAAGAGGAUAGCGUGAAACGGAACGUAAGAGAGAGAGGAGGAUGACAAGAGGUGCGAAAGGGACGGGGAGAACGAUUUGAAUGGUGAGCGAGCGAACGUGCCUAAAGUUGUUACUUUUGUUUUUAUUAAGAGGCCUAACAUAAUCCCACAUAUCUAUCGGUUUUUAAUGUGACUACUCUCAAAACAUUACGCAGGAACUUUACGAUCUGCCUGAUUAUACGAUCGGCCGCCGACAUAAACAUUCACUAGUAUCUGAAUUUUAAUAAAGCGACACUUAUGGUUGUAACAAAUCUAUACGAGUCGUUAUAGUUGGAUUUAGAAAUAAACGUACGUAUUGAAAAUCUAAUAUUUUCCUAAUAUUAGAAUUCGUUUUGAAUAACAGGUUCCAAAUAAAAAUAAAAAACAGUAAAACAAUUGCGUUUGGAAAUAUAUAGCAGCAUAUAAAACCGAGUUUUAACUUUAUAAAACAAUUGUUUUAACUCAUGAGAGUCAUGAGCCUCCUUAAAAAUUAAAUAAAUUUUCGUCUGCAUUUUGCAGUUAAAUAAACUAAGAUCACAUUGUGUCGAAUAAGCAGCUACUAAGUUAAGAUUCACUGUUGUAUUUAUUUAAGGUUUACGAUUUGUUACCGAAGUUUUUUUUACCGUCAUCUAGGCCUAAUUCUCAUUAUUUUUCAUACCCUCAUUCCUCAACUAUGAUUGUGCUCAGUUAAGCAAACAUUUGUGUUAAAUUAUUUGUAUGUAAACGCCCCGCUUAUUUAUAUGUAUAAAGUAUAAAGAUGAUAUUGUACUGAAUGAUUGGACAUCACAUAAUUUUAAAUUGAAAAGUAUUCGUUUU